UUUAUUUCAAUUAGAAUUUGAUUUGCUUUUAUAAUGUAGUAGAAUAAUUACUGAUAAUUAAUUAWUUUUAUUAAAUGAUUGCUUCUGACAACAGAGUAUUCAUGACGGUCUCCAYAGCAACGGUUAUUUGACUUGCAUUUAUCGGUAGUUAAUAAAAGAACAAUUAAAGUUGAUAAGUACUGUUUAAGUGGUUAGAAAUAGCUUUAGUUCUUCGUGCGGCAAAAUGGAUGCAAGCUUUGUCAGUCAAAUGUCCUGCAUUUGUGUUGGGCCGAAACGUGCAGGAAAAACCCACCUUCUAAAGGCACUGGAGAAUCCGGACUGUAUUGAUGAGACAACCUAUUCAAUGCCAACAAAUGGCACAAAUAUUUUUACAAUCAAUCUUUCAACAAAGCUUCCAAAUGCUUCAAACCCAACUGAGAAAAAACAGACAGAUUUAAAUGAUGAAAAGACCAGCAACGAAGUCUCAGGCGCCACAGAGCUAAAGUGUAAGAGGGCCAAAGCUCCAUUAAAAUGCAUACGAGUUUUGGAAAUUGGUGGUGCGAUGGCACCACUCUGGCGACAAUAUUAUGAAAAAGUGUCAAAAAUAAUUUAUGUCGUUGACACUUCAAAUCUUUGUCAAAUUUCUGCAGCAGGGGUUCUGCUCUAUUCUAUAUUGGCCGACCCUCGAUUGCAGCGCUGUCGAAUUUUGUUAGUUUUAGCUAAGAUGGAUUACGCCUACCGGCARAUGCGCAAUGAAGCUUUACUUAUGCUACAAAUAUCCAAGCUUCAAAAGGAAAUUCGGCAACAGUUAACUAUUGUGGAGGCUAGCGCCGUCAGUCACGUGGGUUUCGAAGCUAUAUAUGCCUGGUUAAAGAUCCCUUAGAAUUUUCAAGUAAAAUGUAAUUAUUUAUUUACAUAAAAUUGAUGGAACUCGUUUACUAAAAUAAAUAAUAUACGUACAUACAUA